UUAGGACAAUGGAUAAAUGCAUUCUAGCAGUGGUCCGCACACGGUUUGUCAUAUGUGCACGCAUGUUCAAUCAAUCCUUCAUCUGUAUUUAGUCAUUUAUCGAAUUAAGUUUGUUUCAUCAUCAUGCAAAUCAUACGUAUUUUUUUGUAACCCACAGAGUAGGCUAGUUGUACGUCUAAAAGUUCCGGAAACGUUUUUAUACAUCGUGAUACAGAGAAUUAGAUCAAGAUGACCUGUCCAUAUUUUUCACCUGCUCGCAAAGGCGAAAGACGACCUUCUUUGCUGGAAAGAGUGGAAGCUCAAGAAGGGUACUUAUCCAUCCACGAAGAAAGCGAUAUGAAUUAUGGAAAAUACUUGGGAUUGGACAAGUUGCUCAGCAGCCAAGAAUUGAGAAGCGGAUCCACUGGAUUAACUCCCAUACAUGAUGAACACCUAUUUAUUAUUGUACAUCAAACUUUUGAACUGUGGUUCAAACAAAUGUUACACGAAAUCAACUCAGUUCGAACAAUUUUCAUGUCCGAAUAUCUAGAAGAACGAAACAGUUUAACAGUUAUUUCAAGAAUAAAUAGAGUAAUCGCUAUUCUGAAGCUUUGUACAGAACAGUUUACAAUACUUGAAACAAUGACUCCGCAAGAUUUUCUUGACUUCAGGGACUUCUUGGAGGGAGGAUCCGGUUUUCAAAGUUUUCAAUUUCGCAUGCUCGAAAUUCGUCUUGGAGUAAAAAAUGAACUCCGAGUGGCGUACAAUAGAAAUCAUUUUCUUGAAGUAUUUUUCGGAGAUGAACGCAAAUCACUUGAAACCGCGAUGAAAGAGCCUUCUCUGCUUGAUCUUGUAAAUUAUUGGCUAGAAAGAACACCUGGACUGAAAAGACAAACAUUUGAUUUUUGGAAAAAAUUUAGAUGCAGUGUGGAAGCUAUGCUUGAUGAAAUGAAAGCAGUGGCUGAGGAUGAGAGUGACCUACAAAAGAAAGAAAAUUUAAUGUGGGAAUAUAAAAGAAAAGCUAAAAAUUUCAGCACAAUCUUCGACGAAAACCUUCAUAAUGAUUUGCUGAAAAAAGAUGAAAGAAGAUUCACGUAUCAUGCUUUACAGGGGGCGUUGAUGAUUUUUUUCUACCGUGACGAACCAAGGUUUCAUCUACCGUUUCAACUGCUUCAUUCUUUAAUGGAUGUUGAUAACUAUUUGAUGAAAUUCAGAUAUAACCACGCAUGUAUGGUGCAGCGUAUGGUCGGAAGCAAGGUUGGAACUGGGGGAUCAUCUGGAUAUCAAUACUUAAGAUCAACCUGCAGUGAUCGUUAUAAAAUCUUCCUCGAUCUUCUGAAUAUGGCGUAUCUCGUUCCACGUGACCGAAUUCCACCACUGACAUCACAGAUGAAAAGGAGUCUGUCUGUACCACGAUGCUGACUUCUUGCAGCUUCCACUCACUGGUUUAUACGAGGAACGUGAUUCUGGGAUGUCAACCUGAAACGGGAGCGUCUACAGUUAUCCAGAUAUUGCAGAAGAAGAUGCUGAUUCCGAAGUGGGAGCCAAGUUGAAACCAACAAAGGCAGAUAUGAGACCGUUUGUGUAGCAGAAACUGUUGCCUGCCCCUUUUAAUUAUGAUUAUGUUUAUCUCAAUAAGGUUAUGCUCAAUUUGACUUCAUCAAGUUCGAAAUAGUUUACACUUUACACUGUAAAAAUUAUUACAAAAAAAGUAUACUGGUAUAACUCCAAAUGUUAAAAUAUUGAUUAAAUGUGUAAUCCUGCUUAGCACAAGAAGUCAUCGGCCAUAAGAUUGUAAGAACUACAUGCGAUCAGGGGCACAUUGAGAGUUAUAUCAAUAAAUGUUAUUGCGACGGAUACGUAAGUGAAAUUCUGUGAACGUGGGAUAUGAAAUACGUAAAAGAAAUAUGUUAAAAAUUUAAUUGUACCUAAAAAAAUUCAAAAGCUCAAAAUAUUCCAAAAAUUAAAGAUAUAGCUGACGAGCGAAAUAAAUCUUUUAUCGAGCGAACAGGUGUGAGCCGUUAGAUUAAGUGAAAACCCCACUAUGGCGCAAGCUAAUAUGGGAACCUAUCAUAUAAGCGCCAAUGUACAUAUUUGUUUGGUGGGUGCAUGGUCGUACAUUUGAAGUUGUCAGUGCUUUGCACAAGUGAGGAUACGUCGGAUACAUAUCUACGAUAUCACAAUAAAAAGUCCCGGAUUUUAAAGAUCUUUUCUCAGCUACAAAUUAUUCGUUGAUUGAUGAUAAAAAGUAGUUACAAACCGAAUAUAAAAAUUCUUAUUCAUAUAUAUGCCAAUAUGCUGGCAUGUUUGUAUUUUUAUGUGUGUGUUCAGCCAUUUUAUGUUUUUUGUAUUAUGGAGGAAAUGUCUAAUUUAGUUUGGUAUUUCCCAAUUUACGAGUAAAAUUGUUAUUUUCAAUAUAAUAAUUAUUUUGUACAUAUGCAAUAAAACACUCAACUUCUUCCUAAAUCUACAAUCAUUGUAUUUCAUUUUGUAAAGAUAUCAAUGUGGUGAUUUUCAAAUAAAGUGCAAACAUUGGAUUUAUGAG